AUGGAUGUCUCUCUUUGCCCUACCAAGUGCACUUUCUGGAGGGUAUUUUUGCUCUGGAGCAUUUGGGGAGACUAUCUGCUUUCGGUGCUGGCUUGCCCUGCUAAUUGUCUUUGCAGCAAGACAGACAUCAAUUGCAAGAAACCGGAUGAUGGGAACCUCUUCCCUCUCUUGGAAGGGCAGGAUUCAGGCAGCAGCAAUGGCAACACGAGCAUCAAUAUCACGGACAUCUCAAGGAACAUCACUUCCAUACACAUAGAGAACUGGAAGAACUUGCAGACGCUGAAUGCUGUAGACAUGGAGCUGUACACGGGACUCCAGAGGCUGACAAUCAGGAACUCAGGACUACGAAAUAUCCAACCUCGCGCCUUUGCGAAGAACCCUCAUCUGCGCUACAUAGACCUCUCUGGUAACCGGCUCACCACCUUGUCAUGGCAACUCUUCCAGACGCUGCGGCUCUUUGACCUGAGAUUAGAGAGGAACCCUUUUAACUGUAGCUGUGACAUCCGCUGGAUCCAGCUCUGGCAGGAGAAGGGCGAGGCCAACCUGCAAUCCCAGGAACUGCGCUGUAUGAACUUGGACACGGCCAUCAUCCUUUUGCAGGACAUGAACAUCACCCAGUGUGACCUCCCUGAGAUCAGUGUGAGCCAUGUGAACCUGACGGUGAGGGAAGGGGAGAAUGCUGUCAUCACCUGCAAUGGCUCAGGAUCACCACUGCCUGACGUUGACUGGACGGUGGCAGAUCUGCAUUCCAUCAACACACACCAGACCAACCUCAACUGGACCAAUGUUCAUGCCAUCAACCUGACCUUGGUGAACGUCACCAGUGAGGACAAUGGGUUCCUGCUUACCUGUAUUGCUGAGAAUGUGGUGGGGAUGAGCAAUGCCAGCGUUCUGCUCACUGUCUACUAUCCCCCUCGCAUCCUAACUCUGGAGGAGCCGGUGUUGCACCUGGAGCACUGCAUUGCCUUUGCAGUGCAUGGGAAUCCAGCUCCUACCCUUCACUGGCUGCACAACGGUCAGGUCCUCCGGGAGACAGAGAUUAUCCACAUGGAGUUCUACCAACAAGGGGAAGUGUCUGAGGGUUGCCUUCUCUUCAACAAACCCACUCACUACAACAACGGCAACUACACGAUCGUGGCCACCAACCAGCUGGGUUCAGCCAACCAGACCAUCAAAGGACACUUCCUUGAGAAGCCCUUUCCAGAGAGUACGGACAACUUUGUCUCAAUUGGUGACUAUGAAGUGAGUCCCACCCCACCAAUCACUGUGACCCACAAACCAGAGGAGGACACGUUUGGGGUUUCCAUAGCGGUUGGACUAGCAGCUUUUGCUUGUGUCCUCUUGGUGGUCCUCUUUAUUAUGAUCAACAAGUACGGCCGACGGUCCAAGUUUGGGAUGAAAGGUCCCGUGGCAGUGAUCAGCGGAGAGGAGGAUUCUGCCAGCCCGCUCCACCACAUCAACCACGGCAUCACGACGCCUUCGUCCCUGGAUGCUGGCCCAGACACGGUGGUGAUCGGCAUGACCCGCAUCCCCGUCAUCGAGAACCCCCAGUACUUCCGACAAGGUCACAACUGCCACAAGCCAGACACGUGUUUCAGAGAAAUUAUGUUGAAUCCAAUAAGCCUCCCUGGACAUUCCAAACCUCUUAACCAAGGCAUUUAUGUUGAGGAUGUCAGUGUUUAUUUCAGCAAAGGACGUCAUGGCUUUUAAAAACUCCUUAAAAGUCCCUGUUCUGAUGUCAAGUUUAUAGGCUGUGCCCUCAAAAUGGUGGGAAGCAGUAAGCGUGGUCUGUAUGGAUUGAGGUCUCCUCCUAAUAGGACUCUACAGCCCUGCCUGUACACACGUUAAAGCCAACUGAAACUGUGGUUUUCUGUCACCAGAUAACAGGGUUGUUCUUUUCCUCCAAUGGUCGCUGUGUUCGUUAAAUAUUCCUGCAAGGCACAACAGCAGCAAUGAGAGCAAAUAAAGAAAAUUAAACUCAAUUGAGAGGAGUCAUCCUAAUAACACAGUAAAUAAUUGUACUUUUUGCUUUAAAAUAAAACACAAAACAAAACCAACCGAGCCAACCAAACUGACAUCUUUAGUCAUGUCCUCCCUGCUUGGAGUUUUCCUUGUAAGCUUGUGUCUUCGCACCACCCAGUGAAUGCCGCCAUCACCUCUUACUGUGGCACCGCGAUGGGAGCUCUCCCAAAGCGAUGAGGCGGGAGCUUGGAAGAACCUAAAGCAGAACGAAGACUUUUGGUAAGAGCAAAGGCAGCCCCGCUCCCAGUCCUUGCACAGAAAUUAAUGUCGGAAGGAAUGAUAAACGGAAAGAAAAAUCUUACUUCUCUGACAGGAAGAGAAUGUGGUUAUCUUUGAAGUGCACAUAUUCUAGGAGGCUUUUUUUUGUCUGUCUGUCUGUGUGUGUGUGUUAGAGCAGCGCGUUGGAUCUGACUAUUUCGUUGUCGUGCUCUGGUCUCUCCCUGCUGCUUGAAUGAUGAGCUUUAUCUGAGGAGGUGCCUGGACUUCCCGCGUGGGUGGAGAAUCCAUAGCGCAGGAGGGUCCGCGUCCUUGCCAGGACCAGGGCAGUAAGCAAAGUGGAAAACCGUAUCAGACGCACGCAGUUGCUGGAUCUUUUCCAGCCCCAUUUAGCUCUAUCCUGUAUUUCUACCCAUGUAGAGAUUGAUUGUAACCCAGUCACAUUUCCCAGAACGAUCAGCUUGAGACAGACUGACUCAAGGGGAGGAAAAAUAAGUAUUCUGUUGCUUCUUCUGUGGCAUAAACAGGAAUAUCAAUCCUGUUCUCUGGCCAAUAUUCGUAUUCUCUCCCCCUCUCCCUUCCCACUUUUGUCUUACUUCAUCCAAAGCCUCUCAGAUGGAAAAAUAAACCCUUUGAUCCUGUUCUCAAGAGAAGCCAGCUGCCCUUGUAGCAACUUGCAGGGCUUUCCUUCAACUCUCUAGAUGUCACGUGUAUGGGGAAAUACAGAUUUGCUCACACGUAUCAGUGAAAAUCUAUAAGCAAAGCAGAUUUUCUCAAAAGGAAAAAAGAAAAACAAAAAAACAUAACAAAACCUCCUGAAAGCUACAGGCUUGACCAGAUCUUUUCCUGAGAGAAGUAUCGAACCAGGAGCUUGCUCACCAGCUACUCUGCUUUGCUUGCCUUCUCGAUGGCCCAAGAUGACCUUAUGACCAGAGAUGUCAGCAUAUCACCAGCCCAGAAGGGUUGCUGCCACUGGAAAGAAUCACAGUCCUUGUCCACCAGAACUGGGGAGAAGCCUCAGAAUGGGAUGUUCUGUCUCAUCCUGCCUUUACAGGCGACAUGCAUGGACCACCCUGGGGACGGCCAGGAGGUUUCAUUAUCAGCUUUCCCGUAGGGGUGUCCCUGGGAGCAUUCCAUUCUCUUGCUUCUUUUCCUGGUUCGCUCACGUAAAAAGAUAAAGUGCAAUAGAAGAGUACAGGAGAAACGGUGGCAGAUUGCUUUAAGUUAACGGACAUGCCUUAUGGGGGCAUCUGCGUUACGACGAGGAGGCCCGGUUCAGGUUGGACCACUUCACAAACCAUGACCAAACUCCAACGACGUUUCCAGCCUGCACCGAAGCCGGAAACGCAAGUGGUGCACUGAGAGAGGACCUGUGGCCAUUUAUUGACAUUGCGAUUCUGCACACGGAGUGAGGAGGACCUUCCCGAAGCAGAUCUCUGGGUGCUUUGUCCAAACUGAACUCCCCAUCUGCUGGGAGUCAUCCAUCUGACUGGGGGAUGCCUCGUCCGUCUGAGCUCUCUCCUCUCCGUAGCACUGUUCAGGGGACUCUGCUCUCAACUGUGUGUAUCAGCCGUAGAGACACAUCCGUGGGCCUGAACCAGAAGCCUAUAUCUGAACACCCUAGCAGAGGAAGGGUUGAAUUUUGCAGCUCAGGUCCAUCUCUGCUUAGAAGAAAUCCUCCGGACCCUACAGCAUAAUUUAAAGCAGUUCUCCCCACUGUGAUCAAUGUCUCAAUUUGUUUAACACCAGUUACAGUCUCUGGUUCCUCACUGCUCAAAACAGAUGCCAGUCAUGGCUGUUUGUGAUUGGUGGCUUUAAGUAGCAAGUCUAAGGAUGUUGUUCCUUUUUUUUUGUUGUUGUUGUUUUUCUUUUCUUUUUCUUUUUUUUUUAUUUUUUACAUUUUAUUUUAUUUUUAAUUAUUGUACAUCAUUACCUCAUUUUCCGUCAAUGCGACUCCUCCAUCUUCGAGCAUUCUUAUCUUGCCAUAACUAUCAUCCUGUGCUAAUGGGAAAUGGGACGGUCCCUUUUCACAGAG